AUGAAUCUUCAAUUACCGAACACAUCCCUAGGCAAAGGCCCAUUGAAGCCAAUCAGCAAGACUAUUGACUCCUGUACAUCAUAUAGAUCCUUUGGCACUAAUAUUACAAAUCUAAGCCAGCCAAAAUUUUUCGUAGAAGAAAAAACGCCAGAAUCUUCACUGAAUACAUAUACGAACGAAACUUAUAGUUGUAUGCACUGUAUUGAGCCUCAUUUAAUUCCUCAAUAUGGCUAUAUGAAAUCUCAGCUAGAUAUCAAUGAAAAGAUGCGUGCAAUGCUUAUAGAUUGGCUUGUCGAGGUCCAUCUUAAAUUCAAGCUUUUCCCAGAAACCCUUUAUUUAACUAUCAACCUGAUUGACCGGUUUCUUGAGAAAGAGCCAGUUAAACGUCAAAAACUUCAAUUAGUAGGGAUAACAGCUAUGUUUAUAGCUUGUAAAUACGAAGAAUCAUGCCCACCGUUAGUAAAAGACUUUGCACAUAUAACAGACAGAGCUUAUUCAGCUGAAGAAAUUUUGCUUAUGGAAAGGAUGAUCCUAAGAGUUCUUGAUUUCAGAAUAACUCUGCCCAGCCCUUUUAGGUUUGUAGAAAUUUACAGCCAAGAUUUCGAUUUAUCUAGCCAAAAUGUGCACUUGAUACGCUAUCUUAUUGAACUUUCCUUUAUUGAAUACAAGAUGAUUAGAUAUCAGCCAUCAUUACUAGCAGCAUCUGCUAUAUAUUUAUCAAGAAAAAUAUUGCAGAGAGGAAUGGAGCUGAGUUUUGACACUUCUCCUUAUAAAGAAGAUAGCUUGAAACUGUGUGCCAAAGAUAUGUGCAUUUUGCUGCAAGGCGCCAGGAGGUUUCCUUUGCAAGCUGUGAGGAAAAAAUAUUUGCAUGUGAAUUACUGUAGUGUUGCAGAUAUUGAUAUGUCUAGGGUCUAG